GGGAAGGAAAAGACGAAGACAGGAGGGCGCACAAGCAAGCAGGCGGCCGAGCAGCUUCUUCUCGAGAACCCCGGCAGCCAGGCAGGCAGGCAGGCAGGAUGAUUGCGGCUCAGCUCCUCGCCUACUACUUCACCGAGUUGAAGGAUGAUCAACUCAAAAAGAUCGACAAGUACCUCUACUCCAUGCGGCUCUCUGACGAGACGCUCAAGGACGUCAUGAACCGUUUCCGCCGGGAGAUGGAGGACGGCCUGGGCCACGGCACCAACCCCACCGCCACAGUCAAGAUGCUGCCCACCUUCGUCAGGUCCAUCCCUGACGGUUCAGAAAAGGGAGAUUUCAUUGCUCUGGACCUCGGGGGAUCCAAUUUUCGCAUCCUGCGAGUCAAGGUGACCCAGGAUAAAAAGCAGCCGGUUCAGAUGGAGAGCCAGGUCUACGAGACCCCCGAUGACAUCGUUCACGGCAGCGGGACUCAGCUCUUUGACCACGUGGCCGAUUGCCUGGGCGACUUUAUGGAGAAACAAAAGAUUAAGGACAAAAAGCUUCCCGUGGGAUUCACCUUCUCUUUUCCCUGCGCCCAAACCAAACUGGAUGAGGCCGUCUUACUGACAUGGACAAAGAAGUUUAAGGCCAACGGCGUGGAAGGCAUGGACGUUGUCAAACUCCUCAACAAGGCCAUCAAGAAACAAGGGGACUACGAGGCUGACAUCAUGGCGGUGGUCAACGACACGGUGGGAACCAUGAUGACGUGCGGCUUCGACGAUCAACGCUGCGAAGUGGGCAUCAUCAUCGGAACGGGAACCAACGCCUGCUACAUGGAGGAAAUGCGUCACAUCGACCAGGUGGAGGGCGACGAGGGUCGCAUGUGCAUCAACACCGAGUGGGGGGCCUUUGGAGACGACGGCUCCUUGGAGGACCUCCGCACCGAGUUUGACCGCGAGAUCGACAGGGGCUCCAUCAACCCGGGAAAACAGCUCUUUGAGAAGAUGGCCAGCGGCAUGUACAUGGGGGAGCUGGUGCGACUCAUUCUGGUCAAGAUGGCCAAAGAAGGUCUGCUGUUUGAAGGACGCAUCACACCUGAGCUCCUGACAAAAGGGAAGAUUGAGACCAAGCAUGUUUCUGCCAUUGAAAAGACUAAGGAAGGUCUGAAGAAGUGCAUGGAAAUCCUAACCAGGCUCGGGGUGGAGCCCUCCGACGAAGACUGCCUGGCCGUGCAGCACGUGUGCACCAUUGUGUCCUUCCGCUCGGCCAAUCUGAUCGCCGCCACCUUGGGCGGCAUCCUCGCUCGCCUGAAGGAGAACAAAGGCGUGGCUCGCCUUCGCACCACCGUGGGCAUCGACGGCUCUCUCUACAAGAUGCACCCUCAGUACGCCCGGCGUCUGCACAAGAUGGUACGGCGCCUGGUGCCGGACUCGGACGUCCGUUUCCUGCUGUCGGAGAGCGGGAGCGCCAAAGGCGCCGCCAUGGUGACGGCGGUGGCUUACCGUCUGACGGAGCAGGCUCGGCAGAUCCAACAGACCAUGGCCGAGUUCCGUCUGGGCAAAGCCCAACUGCUGGAGGUGAAGAAACGCAUGCGGGUGGAGAUCGAAAGAGGUCUCAGGAAGGACUCGCACCGAGAGGCCACGGUCAAAAUGUUGCCCACGUACGUCCGCAGCACACCGGACGGAUCAGAAAACGGGGACUUCCUCGCUCUGGAUCUCGGUGGGACCAACUUCCGGGUGCUUCUGGUAAAGAUUCGCAGCGGGAAGAAGCGCUCGGUAGAGAUGCACAAUAAAAUCUACGCCAUUCCCAUCGAGGUCAUGCAGGGAACGGGAGAGGAGCUCUUCGACCACAUUGUGCACUGCAUCUCGGACUUCCUGGACUACAUGGGUAUGAAGAGUGCCCGUUUGCCUCUGGGCUUCACCUUCUCCUUCCCUUGCCAUCAGACCAGCCUGGACGCUGGAAUACUCGUGACCUGGACCAAAGGCUUCAAAGCUACCGACUGCGAGGGCGAAGAUGUGGUGGAGCUUCUGAGGGAGGCCAUCAAGAGGAAAGAGGAGUUCGAGCUGGACGUGGUUGCAAUCGUCAACGACACCGUGGGCACCAUGAUGACUUGCGCUUAUGAGGAACCCACCUGCGAGGUGGGCUUGAUCGCAGGGACGGGCAGCAACGCUUGUUACAUGGAGGAGAUGAGGAACAUUGAGAUUGUGGAAGGGAAUGAAGGUCGCAUGUGCGUCAAUAUGGAAUGGGGAGCGUUUGGAGACAACGGCUGCCUGGACGACAUCCGAACCCAGUACGACCAGGCGGUGGACGAGAACUCGCUCAACGAAGGCAAACAAAGAUACGAGAAGAUGUGCAGCGGCAUGUACCUGGGAGAGAUCGUCAGGCAGAUUCUGAUCGAUCUCACCAAACGUGGAUUUCUUUUCCGAGGACAGAUUUCUGAAACGCUGAAGACUCGAGGCAUCUUUGAGACAAAGUUCCUAUCUCAGAUCGAAAGCGAUCGUUUGGCCCUGCUGCAGGUCCGGGCCAUCCUGCAGCAGCUGGGGCUGGACAGCACCUGCGACGACAGUAUCAUCGUCAAGGAGGUUUGCGGUACCGUGUCCCGCCGCGCCGCCCAGAUCUGCGGGGCCGGCAUGGCGGCGGUGGUGGACAAGAUCCGCGAGAACCGCAAACUGGACCACCUUGACGUGACCGUGGGCGUGGACGGAACGCUCUACAAGCUGCACCCACACUUUUCCAAGAUCUUCCAGCAAACGGUGAAAGAGCUCUCCCCCAAAUGCGACGUGACCUUCCUGCUGUCUGAGGACGGCAGCGGCAAGGGGGCUGCUCUCAUCACGGCGGUGGGAUGCCGUCAGAGGGAGCAGGAAGCUCAGCAACACUGAAGCCCCUUCCUGGAUAGUUUGAGAAGAAACUAGCCGCUGCUCCGUGGGCACCUUUCACUCCCCCCGACAGCCGUGACUCCCCCUCGCCCUCCCUCCCUCCCGCACAGCAGGGCAGCGCACCUCCAGCUCUGCAUAUUUAUUGUCCCGCACCAGCAGCUUUCUCGUGUUUUGUCGGUUCUCCUCGCUAGCUCGUCAUCGUCUAAACUCCGUUGGGUGUGUCAUAUUUGUGUAUGGCUAAUUUUAUUUUUAUAUGGAGGCAAAUAUAUGACUAUUUAUACAGCUGGGGAUCUGCUAGGAUUUGAAACCACAGAGACAAGAACAUGCUUGCACUUUUUAUAUCGAUAACCCCCCCCCCCAGGAACCCGAAGCGUUUCCCCAAUGUAUCUUUCCGAAACGCCGGGCGACAAGGGCUCGCUGCCGAGUCACGGCUGCUUCAUUCCUUCCCAUAGUGCAAAGUUACCGGGCAAAGAUUGUGCAAUCAAGUCGUGGCGACUCGGGACUCCCGGCGAGCCGGAAAAACAAAACGGAACCUAAAAAUGACACGGGACUUAUCGGUUAAGACUUGCACAUGAGCGACUUGAUCCAAUCUCUGCUCGUGACCGCUGGUGUCGCUCACGUGUCCAAGUAGCAGGCGGCAAAUAUUAUUCCUAGUUUAGAACUCAUUUGUGAUUUGUUGUUGUGAUGAAUCCUGCAUCUGACCGGGAGGGGUGGAGUAUUCCGACUACUGCUGCUGCUGCGAGCGCUUUAUUGUGUAGAUUGUGUCAAGUGUGCGCGUGUGUGUGUGUGUGUGCGUGUGUCGGAGCUGUUUGCUUUCAAUGUGUCAAAAGUGUGUGGCGGCUGCAUGCCUUACACGCAGACAAAAAAGGGGAAGCACGAGACGUUUCACACGGAAGAAGACGGUGACAGGUCAUGAUUAAAUUCUAUUUUGUUGUGGAACAAA